GCAGUCAUGUCUCAUCGGAAGAGGCCCGGGUCCAGUGGAGGGACCAGUAUGGCCCCUCCUCCUCCUGCUCCUGCACCUGUGUCCUGCCCCGAAGCCCACUCCCCAGAGGCCCUCGAUCUGAGAGCACCUGCCCCACGUCAACGCUCUGUCCGCUAUCCCAAAGAGUCCCACCACCACCCGCCUCAUCCACGGGACCCCAAGCCCCUCCCUCGCUCCUGUAAGGCACAAUACACGCCCCCGAAAACACAAGAAGUUAUUCACCCCUCCCCUCCUCCCGAAGUGGAGAUAGAGCCCACCGUUGAAGAGAGUAGAUACAGUAACCCAGUAGAGACUGAAGAAGAGGAGCAUAGACCCAUAACUCCCCCCACCCCAGAGCCUGAACCAGAGGAGCACCACCACAUAGACCCCCACGCAGAGUACAACAAUGGCGCAGACAGUCUGGACGAUGACUCCAGCUCAGAGUACAUGAACAACACUUCAGAGGACGAGGACUAUGACGAUGGUCUUGCGGAAGAGGACGAGGGCGUGACAUACUACAUCCGCUAUUGCCCAGAGGAUGACAGUUACCUGGAGGGAAUGGACUGCAACGGUCAGGGCGAGUGCAACCAUUCACAGCCCCACAGCCACAACCACAACAAUCACAACCACGAACAAGAGGACUACAGCUCCGAUAUCCAACCACCCCACCCCGACGAAUGCCAGGAGGCUGUGGAGGCAUGGGUGGAGGACGGGGAGGGGCAGGAGGGUGAGGCGAGAGAGGAGGAGUGGGUGGAGGAAGAUGAUGCAGAAGUUCGGGAAGAAUGGAGAGAAGAAGAGGCAGAGGUACAAGAAGAGUGGCAUGACGGUGACCCCGAGCAGGACCAAUGGGAGCAGGGCGAUAUUGAAGUGCAAGAGGAGUGGAGAGAGGGUGGGCAGGUGCGGCAGGAGCACUGGGAGAGGCACAGAGUACAAGAGGACUGGGGGGAUGGGGACGGAGAAGUACGCUGUGAAGUCGUGGAGCAAGAUCCCGAUGAACAGAUUUACAAUGGACGCCCCGAACCCAUUUUGGACCACCACACCCACCAUCACCACAUGCAUCAUCACCAAGAGGGUCUCCACUCAGCGAGAAGGGCAGAUGGGGCAGAGGAAGAUGAGCCAGAAAGCGAGGAGUACUGCCCCAAUGAGGAAGAGGAUGAGGAGGAAGAUGAAGGACACAGGCGGUCUUACACUGGCGAUUACUAUGCCCCAGAGGACAAUGGGAACUCAGUGCGGGGGUCUCCGUAUCGUGGACGUAAGGUGAUGGUGGUAGAAGGGGAAACGGGGGAGGAGGCAGAGGAGGACAUUGACCAAAUAGUGGCGGAGAUUAAAAUGAGUAUGAGCAUGGGUAGUUUAAGCAGCAGCACUGAUCACAGUCCCGAAGAACUGGCUCAAGACCCUCCACCUGGCAGCUACGCUCACACUAAACCAGAGAGCGCCUCCUACCCCCCGCCCCACCACAGACACGACAGCCGGCCCAAGUCCCUAAACUUACCCUCCAUACACCACAACACACCAGAUCUACAAAGGGGGGUCAAGGCACACCCUCGCUCACCUGAGGACCGGCAGAGGUGGACACAGGAACAGGUUACUAAUGGAGCCGAGCCCAGAAAGCAGCAGCGCUCCGACCUCAAUGUUCCUCUGGAGAACAACAACGUGCCGGAGCCAACCAAGAAAGUCGCCUCCUUCCCCAGCUUUGUCGAUGUCCCGGGCCCGUGUGAGCCAGAAGACCUGAUUGAUGGCAUUAUCUUUGCUGCUAACUACCUUGGCUCCACUCAGCUGCUGUCCGAGAGAAACCCCUCCAAGAACAUUCGAAUGAUGCAGGCCCAGGAGGCGGUCAGCAGGGUCAAGAGGGUUCAGAAGGCUGCUAAAAUCAAGAAAAAGGCGAAUGCCGAUGGGGACACACAGACCCUUACGGAGGUGGACCUGUUCAUUUCCACUCAGAGGAUCAAAGUCCUGAACGCAGAUACACAGGAAACAAUGAUGGACAAUGCUCUGCGGACAAUCUCCUACAUCGCAGAUAUUGGGAACAUAGUGGUCCUGAUGGCACGGAGGAGGAUGCCACGGACAGCGUCGCAGGACUGUAUCGAGACCACCCCAGGGGCUCCCGAGGCAAAGAAGCAGUACAAGAUGAUCUGCCAUGUUUUUGAGUCUGAGGAUGCUCAGCUCAUAGCUCAGUCCAUUGGGCAGGCCUUCAGUGUAGCUUACCAGGAGUUCCUUCGAGCCAAUGGCAUUAACCCAGAGGACCUGAGCCAAAAAGAGUACAGUGACAUCAUCAACACUCAAGAGAUGUACAACGAUGAUCUCAUACACUUCUCCAACUCCGAAAACUGCAAAGAGCUGACGCUGGAGAAGAGUAAAGGGGAGAUCCUGGGUGUGGUGAUAGUGGAGUCGGGCUGGGGCUCUAUACUACCCACAGUGAUCUUGGCUAACAUGAUGAACGGAGGACCAGCCGCACGCUCCGGAAAACUCAAGAUUGGGGAUCAGAUCAUGUCCAUCAACAACACCAGCCUUGUGGGCCUGCCCCUCGCCACCUGUCAGGGAAUUAUUAAGGGCUUGAAGAACCAGGUCCAAGUGAAGAUGAAUAUUGUGAGCUGCCCUCCUGUUACUACUGUCCUCAUCAAGAGACCAGACCUGAAGUAUCAGUUGGGAUUUAGCGUCCAAAAUGGCAUUAUCUGCAGUUUGAUGCGAGGAGGCAUCGCUGAACGAGGCGGAGUUCGUGUGGGACACCGCAUCAUCGAGAUCAACGCACAGAGUGUGGUCGCCACAGCACAUGAGAAGAUCGUCCAGGCUCUGUCCAACUCUGUGGGAGAGAUCCACAUGAAGACAAUGCCAGCCGCCAUGUUCAGACUUCUAACAGGGCAGGAGACACCUAUGUACAUAUGAAGAAUGUCCAUCUAAUUACUCCACAGAACAGUCUUAUCAACAGGGCACCUCUACCACAUAAGA